GCAAAUAACCUGUCAAAAAUCGAAGACGCGGAAACCGGGGACGUGCUUUUGUGCAAUUUUCAGUGGUUGCGUUCAUUAUAAAUUAUUAGCAAAAUGACUUUGGAUAUUCGUCCCAACCACACUAUUUACAUCAAUAAUCUCAAUGAAAAAAUAAAGAAAGAAGAGCUCAAGAAAUCUCUUUAUGCAAUAUUUUCCCAAUUCGGACAGAUUUUGGACAUAGUGGCGUUGAAAACGCUGAAGAUGCGUGGGCAAGCUUUUGUCAUUUUUAAGGAAAUUUCAAGUGCCACUGUUGCUUUGAGAAGUAUGCAAGGUUUCCCCUUUUAUGAUAAACCGAUGAGAAUCCAGUAUUCCAAAACAGACAGUGAUGUUAUUGCUAAAAUCAAGGGUACAUUUCAAGAAAGACCAAAACGCCCUAAGAUGCCUAAAGGAUUGGAUGAUGCAAAGAAAAAGAAGAGUAAAGAGGCUGGUCGUCUUGCUGGGCAUGGUGGUGGUCAGCAGAGCUUACUCAAUAAUGUCAAUGUGGAACAACCACCAAACCAGAUUCUUUUCCUUACAAAUCUGCCAGAUGAAACAUCAGAGAUGAUGUUAUCCAUGCUUUUCAACCAAUUCCCAGGCUUCAAAGAAGUUCGAUUGGUGCCCAACAGGCAUGAUAUUGCAUUUGUAGAGUUUGCUAAUGAAAUGCAGUCAGCAGCAGCAAAAGAAGCAUUACAAGGUUUCAAGAUUACUCCAACACAUGCUAUGAAGAUAACAUUUGCCAAAAAAUAACAUGUAACUUCAUAUAAUAAUGUGAAUAAGUUUAAGUUAGCUUAAUUUUUUUGUGAAUAAAGUCUGAAUAAUUGAGAACUGAUUUAAGCAUUGCACUUGGCUUAACAGCUCUCUGGCUGUGAUUAGUCAUUUAAGAACACA